AUGAGACGAUGCUUUCGUGAGUAUGAGAAGAAGCUAACCAUAGAUGCCCUCUGGACCAAGAACAGGAAGACAAGGAAGCGCAAACUUGCCAGAGUCCUCAAACGAGCAGAGAGAAUAGUAUAUAGGAAGUUUGGUCCUGACCCCAAGAGGCCUCCUGCAGAUGUUGUUGAAUUGCAGCAAAAAGUUGCAAUGGCAGAAAAGGGUUAUAAUCCUGAGCUGGUGUACGUACACCCCAGUCUAACACCGCAACAACGAGAGGAAGCAAUUCAGCGCCUGCUUGGUCGCGCGCAGCAGCAGCAGCAGCGACCAGCAGAUAUUUUUUUAUUGGAUGGUCUUUUGCGUACAUUAAGGAAUAAUAAACCCCCUAUUCCUAUUCUUAUAUAUAAACAAUACCAAUUACUACAGGAGGCAGGGAUGCUAGAGGUGCCCUACAAUUUUGAAGUUUGGCCGCUUGCGGACUUCGUCGAAAAACACAUCGACGAAGUAUCGCGCGUAAGAAAGAAGGUAAGCAGCUCAGCAGCGGCAGCAACAGCAGCAGCAGCAGCAUGA